GAGUUUCUAAGCUAGAGAAUCUCGCGACGCAAGCAUCUGACGAGCGAGUAUGGAAAGAUCGAAGACUAUUUCUACGCGGAUUUCCGGCUGACACGAUUCGAACUCUCCCGUGAGUCAAGCACGUCCAUCUCAGAGGAGCGCGCGAGGAAAGGGGCCGUGUACACAGUGCAGUAGGAGAGCAGCGUGCGAAAGCCAUCUCGAUGAUUUCAUCAGAGCCACACAAGAGAAGCGAGAGGAGGAAGGGUAGGUUGAUCACAGGACUGGCCUGGGACUCUGGAAGAUCUGGAACAAAAGGAUUGUUGAACCCGGCCAGGUCAAUUAUCUCCACGAGUUUGGAGUUUGGCCGGACUUGGAAAAGCUUGGAUCCAUCCGAACGCUCUCACGCAUUUCGUAAACUCCAGGCAGGGAGUUUGUCCGCUUCGCUUCGCGAUGUGUACUCCAUCACUCGCUGGGUUCGUUUGGAUGGUUUCUCGGAUCAAACAGCUCUUGUUGGAUGCAUCAGGCAUUUUCUCGGACAAUCCCAAUCUUUUGUCCGCAGAUCUCUCUCGUGUCAGCUCGACAAUGAAUCGCGCCUCGCGACGACGUAAUCAAGGAAUUGAAGGGGACGGCCGCUGUUUGCGAUGGCACGCAUCAAAUCGCGCGCGCAGCAAGCACCAUUUUUUAACUCCCCGUGAAAACAACGGGGAGCGAAUAUUCCUCCACGCUGGAAAAAACAAACAAAGGGAUGAGAUACGAGCUACGUACGCAUGUACGCAAACAGGGCACAUGUAGAUACGGGACAUAUCUCGCCGGGCCAAUGGGAGAGCGCCAUUUGAUUCGGGGCCAAUCACACUGUCGGCCUCAAGAUCCGCUUUACAUUCUCCACCGGCGGCGGCGCCACGCGCGGCAUAUUCCGGCCGGCAAGCGGCAUAUUCACCCACCGCGAAUGGACAGGUUGGAUUACCCUUAGAUUAAGCGCGAAUCUCCCACAUGGUUUGGAGGGGGGAAAUGUUUGUUUGGCAUUAAUGCGGGCAAGGAUACAAAGAUUAGGUCGUGAGCGUUUGAUGUUCCACAUGGAAGGAUGAACUGGCUAUUCUCGUUGCGUUAUUUUUA